AUGAUCAACGCCGUCCUCGUCUUCAACAAUGCCGGCCAGCCGCGACUGACCAAGUUCUACACACAGCUGGAAACCAGCGUCCAGCAGCGCCUCAUCUCCGAGAUCUUCACCCUCGUCGCCAACCGCCCAAACUCAGCAUGUAACUUCCUACCCCUUCCACCGCUCCUUGCCAGCAGCUCCAAAUCCAGCACGCCCACGACUCCCCACAACGACACACCUUCCCUCGUCACCUACCGCCACUACGCGACCCUCUACUUCAUCGUCAUAUCUACAUCCACCGAAUCACCUCUCGCGCUUCUCGAUCUCAUCCAGGUCUUCGUCCAAGCGCUCGAUGGUCUUUUCGAAAACGUUUGCGAGCUGGAUCUGAUCUUCAACUUCGAGACAUUACAUGCGACACUGGGUGAGAUGAUAGUGGGCGGAGUCGUGGUCGAGACGCAGUUGGACAAAGUCAUUCAAGGCGUCAAGGCACAGGGAAGAGUCGCCAAGAGACCUGUCAACGAAGGCAAGAACAUUGGCGGCGGUGGCGGCGGCGGUGUUAUGGGCGGACUGACCUUCGGCGGUCUAGGAAGGGGCGAUGGCAUGUGGGCUGGAAGAUGA